CUUUCGCGGCCCCGUGCAGCGACCGGAGCCACGCAUCCACCAAUGAAAUCUUAUCCAGAACCACGAGGGGAACAACUCAGCCGCGCGAACAUCAAGAGUGCUGGUGCACGCAUGCACCCAUGGGAGCCAUGGCGACGCCGCUCUCCAGCCCCUUCUCCGUCACCACCCUCCGCGCCGCCCCGCUCCGGCACGGCCGCCUCCAUGCGCUGCCGCUCCCUCCUCCCCGCGCGACCUCCGGCGAUGACGCCCCCGCCGGGCCAGAGCCGUCGGCCAACACGGCCACCACCACCGCCGCCGGCGACGACGAGUUCGAGCAGCGCGUCCUGCGCAUGAAGUCCCGCGUCGGGCCCAAGAAGCGGGGCAGCGCCGGGGCCCGGAAGAGGAAGGCCGCGGCGGAGUCCAAGGCCGUGACGCUCCCGCCCGUGCCGCUGCGGGAGCCCCGGUCGGCGCUCGGCCUGCCCGUUGAGUUCGGCUUCACCGGCUACAGCGAGCGGCUCAACGGCCUGCUCGCCACGGUCGGACUCACCGCGCUGCUGCUGGUGGAGCUCGCCUCCGGGAAGUCCCUGGUCAAGUACCACCAGGCGCCCACGCUGUUCCUCCAGGUGUACACCAUCGUCGCGGCCGGCACGGUGUUCGUCAAGUACGAGAAGGAGCGGAUCAGCGUCUGGCCGGGCCCGGCGCCGCCCAAGACGCCGACGGGCGGUGAAUGACCGGCACGGCCCGGCGUCUUCGUGGAUUUUGGUUCCGUUGGUACUGGUAGGAUGCUUCCUUUUUGUAAUUUACCUCCUGAGUUGACGUAUUGGGUUUCGGCAAAGAUGUGUUGUGAAAACUGAAAUUUGAAAUUUGGUUAACGAUGCGAGAUAAAAAAAAAAGGUGCUGUAUAUUUUUUUUCGUCAUUUGCCUGAUCUUAACUCCAAUUUCCCCGCAUGUUCUGAAAUGGAAUAUUUCUUGAGGCUGUCA